UUCAUCUAGCAGACGGACCUAGCUAGGUCACUGGAAGAUAAACAAGGCGAAUUAGUGUGACAAUUUGCGCGAGAGCGCAGUCCCUUAUAUAAAGAGACUCGUACCAGGUGUUCGUCCACUUAGCCUGCCUUUCAGUUUGAGUCAGGUAAAGCAAGAUGUGGAAGUUAAUUCUAUUGGCGGUGGUUAUUGCCACUGCUAGCGCAACAAACUCCUAUGUGGUCAUUGCACCUUCCAAGGUCCGAGCCAACAUGGACCUGUCCCUCAGUGUCAACAUCCUCAACGCCACUGGUGAUGUUACAGUCGUAGCAUCUCUUUUACGUGGGACGACACCCGUGGUCAGUGCUACCAAAGUCUUUCAAGAAGGUACACCUGGUACACUGGAUAUGAAGUUACCAGCUGACCUUCCCAGCAGCACCUACACCCUGAAUGUAAAAGGAAGUGGUGGACUGACCUUUGACAAGUCAGAAAACUUGAACUACAACAAUAAGGAAACUUCAGUCUUCAUCCAGUUAAACAAGGCUAUUUUUAAACCAGGGGACACAGUUAACUUCAGAGUGUUUGGAGUGUACUCUGACCUGAAGUCUUACACAGACCCUAUUGAUAUCUCUAUUUAUGAUGCCAACUCCAACAAAAUCAAGCAAUGGCUUAAAGUGACUCCCACCAAUGGCGUGAUCACGCAAGAACUGACUCUGUCUACACAACCAGUACUUGGAGACUGGAAGAUCUCUGUUGAGGCUGGUAGAACGAAAGAAGAGAAAGUGUUCACAGUUGCUGAAUAUGUUCUUCCCAAGUUUGAGGUGGAUGUUGUUAUGCCAUCCUAUGCUUUGACCACAGACAAUGACGUCACAGUGACAGUCAAAUCUAAAUACACCUAUGGUAAACCAGUCAACGGUACUGCUGAUGUCUUGGUCAAGUUACAUGAAAGCUUCAACACCUUUGACUACAGCAGAGCCCUCCCAGUAACCACACUGCAAGUGCCCCUGAAUGGUGAGGCCAAAGUCACCAUCCCAAUGUCCCAGGUGAAAGCCAUCAACGCUAAUCUCAAUCAGCAUGUUUUGAUAGUCAUUGCCAAUGUGACAGAGUCUUUGACAGGCAACCAGAUGUCAGGAAACGGAACUGUCACGUUGUAUGACAAAGGUGUCAAGUUGGACUUCCCAGAAUCCAACCCUAAAACUUUCAAACCAGCUCUUCAGUACAUCGCCUACCUUAAAGUCACCCAACCCGAUGGUCUUCCAAUGACCUCCACAGCUGAGCAGGUCAAGGUCAGCAUUAGAGUCACAGCUGAGCUCCCUGGUACCACACCUACUCCUUACUACUGGUACGUCCCACCCACUGAGAGCAGAGACCUCCCUGCACUGAGCUUGGCCAUCCCAGAUAACGGCCUUGUUGCUAUCCCUGUUGAUGUCCCUGCCGAUGCUAAGGAUGUUCAUGUUACUGCUAAUUUUCAAGGAGUAAGCAAGGAACUGACACUUGGAAAAAGUCAUUCUCCAAGCAAUUCUUACAUUCAACUGAUAUUAAAGUCUGGCUCUGUCAUUAAGGCUGGAGACAGUAUUUCCUUUGAAGUUAAAGGGACACAAGCAUUGACCAAAUUAGUUUACCAAAUCCUAUCAAGAGGUGGCAUUGUCAAAACAGGAACUGUGGAUGCUAAUGGUCAGCUUGUCUACCAGUUCUCUAUACCAUCAGACUCUAGCAUGGCUCCUAAUGCAAGAAUUGUUUUGUACUACGUCAGAGCUGAUGGGGAGAUUGUCACAGACAGCAUCAGUUUUGAUAUUUCUGGAGCUUUUAAAAAUAAGGUAUCUAUUGACCUUGACAAAACCGAUGUUGAGCCAGGAGAUGAUGUCACCGUGACCGUUAAGGCUGACCCAGAUUCUACUGCCUACUGCCUGGCCAUUGACCAAAGUGUUCUUCUGCUCAAAGGAGGAAAUGAUGUCACUGAUAAUGACGUAUACACAGAGCUAAAGGAAUAUGACACAAUCACAGAGUCUAGUAGCAACAAAGGAAUUAUUGACUGCCCAAUGUGCAAGAGGAGAAAGAGAAUGAUCUGGUGGCCAUUCCCAACCUACUACGGAGGCAGUGAUGCUCAGCAAAUCUUCAGUAAUGCUGGUGUAGUUGUUCUCACAGACGCGACAGUUUACCAUUACCAGGAACCAAUUCACUUGUUUAACAUUCCAAACUUCUUCCAAUGUGGCCGGAGCCUCAGUGGUCAGCUCAGGAAGCGUUGCUUCGCGUCCUUCUCUCCUGUCAUGAACCUGGUCUCUAGUGUCGUCUCGGACCCAAUCACACUGCCGGUGACAGAAACAGAGACUAAAACAGAAGAUCUCCAGCAGCCGACUAAGACCCGGUCCAACUUUGUGGAGACCUGGCUGUGGAAUUCUUUGGACAUUGGUGCCAAUGGCUCAGCUUCUAUUACUGCAACAGUACCAGAUACUAUCACAUCCUGGGUGGCCAGUGCUUUUGCCAUCAACUCAGCUUCUGGCCUCGGUGUUGCUCCAACUCAGGCUCAUCUUCGAGUGUUCAGACCAUUCUUUGUUAGCCUCAAUUUACCCUACUCAGUAACCCGCGGGGAGCAUCUGGCUCUACAAGCUAAUGUUUUCAACUACAUGACUGAAGAUAUGCAGGUCCGUGUGACACUUGCCAAGUCUGACAACUUCUUCAACAUUGAAAUUGAUGCUAAUGGAGCUGAAGUUUUGAAACAAGUCGAAAGUGUACAAGAUGUGAUGAUCAAGGCUGGUGAGGCCAAGUCUGUGUACUUCCCUAUUGUGCCAGCUGACUUGGGUAAAAUUGAUAUUGAAGUGAAGGCUCAGUCUACCAAAGCUGCUGAUGCUGUUAGGAGACAACUCUUGGUGGAGGCUGAAGGAGUUCCCAAAAUAUACAAUGUUCCUGUCCUAAUUGACCUGACAGAAGGCAAAACUAGUUUCUCUAAAACUGUUGAUCUUACUCUACCUUCCAAUACUGUGAAAGGUUCAGAACUGGCCAGAAUAUCUGCUGUUGGUGACUUGAUGGGUCCAACCAUCGCUGGAUUAGAUUCACUUCUUCAGAUGCCAACUGGUUGUGGUGAACAAACUAUGAUUGGUCUAGCCCCUGACGUCUAUGUAACUGACUACCUUAAAUCUGUGAAUCAACUCAGCGGGGACAUUCAAACUAAAGCUUUGAGCUAUAUGGAAAGUGGUUAUCAAAGAGAACUGACCUAUAAACACACAGAUGGCUCUUUCAGUGCUUUUGGUAACAGUGAUGCAUCAGGCAGUAUGUGGUUAACUGCCUUUGUUACCAGAGUGUUCAAGCAAGCAAAAGCCCACAUCUACAUUGAUGAUGAGAUCCUGAUUAAAGCUAUCCAAUGGAUGGUAUCAAAACAAAAUGCUAAUGGAAGCUUCCCUGAACCUGGAAAUGUGAUUCACAAGAAUAUGCAGGGUCAAGCUGGCUCUGGAGUUGGACUGACUUUGUUUGUUUUAAUUUCUCUACUUGAGAAUAAAGAUCUUUUGGUCAAUACAAAUGCUGCUGGUGUCCUGGUUGAUGAAGCCAGACAGAAAGCUUUAGCUUAUGCUGAACAGGAAGUUGCUAAAACCGAUGACCUUUAUAUACUGAAUAUGGCUGCUUAUGCUUUCCAACUUGCCAACAGCAGUCAAGUCCAGACAGUUCUGAAUAAACUCGAGCAGAAAGCCACAGUUAAAGAUGGACGUAAAUACUGGCACCAACCAGAACAACCCAAGACAACCAACACUUGGGAUUACCCCAACCCUACUAAAGCCGUUGACAUUGAAAUGACAUCUUACGCUUUGUUGACAUACGCUGCCAGAGGAAACAUUGUUGCCGGAAAGAGUAUCAUGCAAUGGUUAACAGAACAGAGAAACUCAAACGGUGGCUUCUCCUCCACACAGGACACUGUGCUGGCCCUGAAUGCCUUGUCCGAGUUUGCCAAACAGACCUACAGCAACAACUUCAAUGUUCAGAUCACCACUCAGCUGAAUGCUACAACAUCUUACACUUUCAACAUUGACAAAACGAAUUCCCUUCUACUACAGUCUAGAGAAACACCAGAUGUUCCUUCUCAAGUAAAGAUUGAUGCCACAGGAUCUGGUAUGGCUUUGGUUCAGGUUGCCGUCUCCUUCAAUGUUGAAUCUGAAAUCUUUGAAACAACUUUUGACCUGACUGUUAAAUUAAUAGAAGAGACAAUCAAUAAUUUAUUUGUUGAAACAUGUGCCAAGUGGCUAGGCAGUGGACCAAGCAGUGCUAUGGCUGUUCAAGAAAUUGGCAUCCCAUCAGGCUUUGAGGCUGACCUUGAGAGUAUCCCACAGUUGGACAUUCUAAAGCGAAUAGAGACGCAAAACAAGAAAGUUAUCCUUUAUUUUGACCAGAUUGGAACAACACCUGUUUGCUUAAACUUCCGCGCUGUGAGAACUGGACUAGUUGCUAAGUCCCAACCUGCUGCUAUCCGAGUCUAUGACUAUUAUGAACCACGUAACCAAGUGACUGCCUUCUAUCAGUCUCAGAUUCUCAAAGAUUCCACUGUGUGUGAUGUCUGCAAAGAAUGCGACAACUGUGUUUAAACUCCAGUUGUGUUGCUUCAAGUAUUAUGCAUGAAAUAGUUUUGGAGCUGCUAAAAAUGUAUACAUUAGAGAAAUCCCAAAGAGUGAAGUUUUUACAGUACUGAAAAGUGUGAUAAAGACUUAAGGCUAAAAUCAAAAACAGAAAUGUUAUUUCCUUGUAGAUUAUAGUUUCAUGUAUUUAUUUGUAUCAAAAUGUAUCAGUGAAAUCUUCAAUAAAUGUUGAAUGUGAUCUGUGUAAUACAAAA